AUGGUCUGGCCGCAUAUCACCGCAAGCUUGCAGAGUGUCUCAUACAGAGCCUUUGCCACCAAAGAUUCAACUUCAUAUCCUGGACCACUGCUUGUCACUCUCAAAUUUAAUCCAAGACCAGAGGUUGCCUUGCUUGCAGCUGCAUUUGAUGAUGGGGAUUUGGUCGUGUUUGAUCCUUAUACUCAGAUCACACGUGCGAGCAUUCGGGAGUCAGUUGCAAAGAUGCAGGGAAGCAACGAUGCCGGAAGAAUAACCCUGUUUGCGUUCGAAACACUCCAGCGCCUUUAUUGCGUGGAUUCAUAUGAGAUGGCUGUUAGGAACUUCGCUUUCGGCAGCAAUAGUGAGAGUCUUCUGGAAGUGAGGGGUGAUCACUGCAAGAUAUGGCAGCCUCCGAUCCUAUCGCAAAAUGUCGCCUCGAAUGAUAUGACUAGCAGUUUGAUUGACGAGGAUCGGUCUGUUACAGCUCCUGUGGUGGCUCUGGAACGUCUAUGA